AUGGAGAACCCAGCACCCCAAACGCCACCCAAACGAACGUACAAACGCAUUCCGCUGUCGGCCAAGAAGCGCAUAGUUGAUGCGUUCAAUAACGCGGUGGACUGGAAGCGCGUCGCUCAAGCGAACGGCGUCAACAUCAGCAGCGCACGAAAUUGGCUGCAUCUGGGCUCGUUGACGCCGAAACAACGAGAUCGAUUGGCGCUUGGUUUGGGCAUCGAGGUGUCCACAUCGACUUUGCAUCGUGAACUCGACAAACGCGUGUUCACGUACAAGACGGUUCAUUAUGAACCCUUGCAAAUGAACGACCCACUGUUCAAGCAAAAACGAUUGGAGUACGUGCAAGCCUUUCGCGCGUUGUCCGGUGAAGGGAAAAUCCCCAUCUGGAUUGAUGAAACGAACUUCAACCUAUUCACAUGCCGGACAAAAGUUCGCUCUCGUCGAGGCACACGUGCUGUGGUCGUUCGUGGCGGGACCCAGAAGGGAAAGAACCUGCACGUAAUCGGUGCCAUUUCGACGACAAACUUCUUCUUCUGCACACACAAGCGUGGUGCGUACAAGCAUGCCGACGCCAAUCAAUGGUUGCGCACCAUGCUUCGAGCCGCAAGUGUGCACUACGGAGGCCUGAACGACAUCGUCGUCGUUGCAGACAAUGCACCAUGUCACUCACGCCUAUCAGCGGUGUUCAGUGAACCCGAGUUCCAAGCUGCGACAUUACUGCGCCUUGCGCCUUACUCCCCCAUGUUCAAUCCAAUCGAGAACUUGUCGUCGGAGUUCAAGGCCCACGUGAAAACCUCGCUUCGAGAACGCCUUGCUGCGUUCAUGGGCCCCCCGCCAGACGGGCAAACUCGUGAAGAGUUUCGCAUGCAAUACCUCGAAUUUGUGGCUCAAGAGGUCAUUGAUUCGGUGGAAGUGAACCGCUUGGGGCGUUUUGCGUUGCGCCUGGAUUAUUUCUACGGCCGUGCCGAGCAAUUGGCGGACAUGCAAGUUGGCCUCUAG